UCGUUUAAAUGACAUAACAGAAGUUGUGCUUUGAAUUAUUCAGAAAGAAACAGAGUGAAGGAACAACUCGAGGUUCCAGCCAUGGCGGAAAUCUCCGAAGCGCCGAGUGCAGAAGAUAGUAACCAGAAAUCCGACCAGUCGUUUGUCAACGAUUUCGACUCCAACACCAUGCGGAAGACCAAACCCGGAAGGAAGCGCCUGUUUCUUACCCUCACCAUCUUUAUCUCUUUCCUCAUUGGUUUGCCAUUUCUGUUGAAAUCAAUCGAGAUCCAUAGAGCGCCAUUGCCAUUUAAAGACAUCGAUUCGCUAGCUUUAUCCAUCGAAAGGAGUCCCUUGCUAUUCCCCUGUAAAUUCCAAGUUGUAUUUGUGAAUUUAGAUCAUAGCACUACUUCCACUGCCAGUGAGCUAAGUUUUCUGAUAACUAGUCAAAUGCAAAAACUCACUUCAACCAAAUCUCCCGUUUGCGGUACUUGUUUAAGCAAUUUUACAGUUGCAGUAACACUUGAAAGCUCAAGUUCCAAUUGCAUUUACAGUGAAAACCAGGAUGCUGUUUGGAAAUGUGGAGCAUUAAGUGGACUUGAUUUUGAGAAGAGUUUGGAUAACACUGAUGAUUUUUUAGAGUCUGUGUUAGAUAGUAGGAGCAGUAGGGUUUAUACAGUAGUGGUGGUGAACAGGGAUGAAGAGGUGAGAGCUGUGGUUGGGAAAUAUCGUCAUGCUUGGAUUGUAGGUAAGCUCUCUGAGCAGGAAGCUGUGGAGAAAGUGGUGGAAAUUUUUGUGGAAGUGUUUGUGAAUGGUGGGAAAGAAGAAGGAUCAAUUCAUGGGGAAUUUAUGCCAGUCGGUGCAGAUGGUAGGGUUGUGCUUUCAUUCAAUCUCUUGAAUGCUGAUCCCCGUGAUUGGGUUUAUGAUUGGGAUUUUCAAGAGUUAGAUGAUAUGUUGUUGGCUCCUAUUGUCCAAGCUUUGGGACCAAUAGCUGACAUUAGUGUGGAGAGUCAGGUUCUCUACCAUACUCCAAAGUCCUCAUUUUCUGGAUGGGAUGAAAAGCAGGGAAGCUAUAUUUUCAGUAUUAAGGAUCUUCCCUUCUUUGUGAAUUCAAAUGAGUGGCAUUUGGAUACUUCAACAGCAGCUGGGGGCCGGUCAAAAGUCCUGCACUUUGUGGUGUAUGUGCCAUCAGAAGAAGAGUGUCCUCUUCAGUUGCUGCUUCCAAAUGGAAAGCUUUCCAAAACAAAUGGGUUUAUAUCUCCUAUGUGGGGAGGAGUUGUUGUUUGGAAUCCUCCCUCCUCCUGUUCAAGGAAUUCCGAGAUGCAACCUCUCAGACAUAAGAUUUCCUCUGAGGAAUUGAAGAAGGUUUUUGAAGUUUUCAUGGGGCAGCUGCGGCAACUCUUUGGUUUAAAUUCUGAUAGCCUCUAUGUUGGUGCAACUGCCACGUCUAGACUAUUAACCAGUGAAAAAGGCUUUACACAAUGGGAAUUGGAUUUCAUAUCACGACAACACACAUGCUUCAAUCUUCUUCAAUGUGGUACCACUCUUGGAUCACUUAGUCGGUUGGUUCAAUCACUUCCUAGGAUGAUAAUUAUGGAUGAGAUAGGGAAGCAGGUGAAGUUCUCUCUUGACGCUGCAAAGUCAUCUCUAAGCAAUGCAUCAAUUGGCAAUUAUGAUGCUUCAGCUGUGUCAUCAAGACAAGCGAGAUCCUUGGCAGAAGAUGCCUUUUAUCAUCCAUCUAUGAUGUCAGUGAGCUACUACUCAUUUGAGCACUGCUUUGCUGUCUAUUCGCCCUUCUUUCUCCCAGUUGCUUUGCACGUGAUUCUUGCUGUUCUAAGAGAAUGGAAAAGAUGCAAACAAGAAAACAAAAAGUACCUGGCAUGGAAAGCCAAAGUUAACUAGCAUGUCAAAAAUCAUAGGCUAAUUUUCAGCUGCUGAUGUAUGUUAUGUGCUCACCGUCAUGGCCAAGAAAACAUGUUAUAGACUUAUAGUUGCGUGUCAAAUGAACAGUUAGUCCCUUGAUACACUCAAGUUCUUUGGUUCAGUUUAGUAGGUUUGGAUUUGGAAGCAUGGUUUUGAUGGGCACAGAUAUAGUCAUGAAUUUGGAAGCAUUUUAGGCGUUUCUUUUUGUGUACAAGAGGAGCAAUCAUUAGCAAUCAUUAUACCAUGGUCCACCUUGUAAGGUGGAUCAUUGACAUAAAAUUCAAUUUUAGUAUGAUAAAAGUUUCAUUUUUAGUA